ACUCGGGAGUCACGAGCAGGAACAGCAGCAGUAUGUUGUAGGUCCCCGGAGUGAGAACUAUACCGUGCACGUCUCUCCCGACAUCCACUCGAAACUUCUUUAUUUCAGAGGAUUUUAUUUGAAAUAAUCAAUACGGGCGUUGAGAAAUAGGGAUGUGUUAAUUUUAAAUAUUACUGGACCGAUUUUCUGAUUUAAAGUGUGUAUAUUGCAAGAUAACCGCAAGUACAUUUUAAUGUGUAGUUUUGUAAAUCUGAAGUCGUAUUACAGCGAGUUUCUUAAAGGUUAGGGAUGGGAGAGGCUGGAGUAAGGCUACGUCUCGUGUGGGUAUGCUUGGCUGCGUGUAUCUUCGUCAUCGCCUCCUACACCCACCACACAACCCUCGCACCCACAACCCUACAACCCUCCCUACUUGAGGUUCAUCCCCCUAACGACUCCUUUAUACCAUGGUGGGAGAGUGGGCGAUGUACGUGUGAAGAGAAGGUGUGUGUGCCUGAUGUAGAUGUACCAUUUGACCCCUUGGAUGGUGUGGGUGGUACAUGUGGGCGGCGUGCAUGGGAAGCAGGUGAUGGGCAGCAUGUGUUGUCCUUUUCUUUAUACGGCGACAAACGCAACUACUGGAGAGGUCUCGACAGCUUACUAAAGAAGGUACGACGUUUAUACCCGGGGUGGAAAGUACGCGUUUAUACCAACCCUCGUUUUUACGUCUCCACCUUGUGCCCACUCCUACACCAGCACGACCACCUCUACCUGUGUGAUGUCACCAACCUGCCGCAGCCCUUGGGUAACCUGACGGGGAUACACCGCAUGAUGUGGCGGGUCGUGCCCCUUGGUGAUCCUCAACUAAGAGCUCUUAUGAUACGAGAUACGGAUUCAGCGAUAAGUAGACGUGAGGCAGCAGCUGUGAGAGAGUGGCUGGCAUCUAGUAAGCACUUCCAUGUUAUGAGAGACCACCCAGCCCACAAUGCCCCUAUCAUGGGUGGCCUCUGGGGAGCUCGCUGGGGCCUGAACCGGCAACUCGUCCCUGAGAAUGCCAAAUUCCUCUCCCAAAUCAGGGAUAAGAUGUUUAAAGAUGCCUAUGGCGAACAAAAACAUGGGAAGGAUCAGGAAAUUUUAGCGGUGAGGCUUUGGCCAAAGAUGGCUGGUAAUGUGAUGGCCCAUGAUAGCUACUGGUGUAAAUUUUAUGGCAAGGCUUGGCCCUGGCCCACAAAGCGAGAGAACAGAUACUUCGUCGGCUCCACCAGUUAUCGUGACCCGCCUGGGAAUACAAAAGUACCCAAGCCUUGUCCAGUGAGAUGUAGACCACCAGAACAUCAUGACUGGAUUUACUGCUGAAGGUACGGCCCCUGUCAACACUGCCAGUACUGUACAGUGUACCCAAUCACUGUACUGUAGAAUGUACCUCAUCACCACCGUAACUGUACAGUAGCCUGUAGGUAUUAAAUGGACUAUAGUUAGUUAUACUGUUUGUAGAAUUGUUUGAAACUUACUCUGUACUUCAGAAAAUUCACUUGGUGGUAUUUUAGUAAUCUUUAGUUAAUAUGUAAACCCUAUAUAAUAUAUACUAACCUAAACAUGUGUAGAAAAUUACCUUAAUACGAGGAUUAUGGUAGUAAUGUUGAUGAUGAUGAUAGUAAUGUUGAUGUGGUAAUGUUAUUAAUGAUGUUGAUGGUAUAUAUUAUUAUGGGAUUCUUUAUAAACAUACAUAGCUGUUGUCCUCUGGCUUGUGUUGUUUCGUACUGUAUCAUUGAUUUUAAUGGUGUAAAAUGAUGAUGUGGGAGAAUGUAUAAAGGAGUCUUUGUAAAUUAUUGUAAAUCUAACUCUUUUAAGUGGUCCCUGAUAUUGUUUUUAUAUUCCACACGGCUAAUUCCCAAUUGUUCCUGCCCAGUACUUGUUACAGUUAAGAUCUAAGAUUUUUUUAGUAAAACAUUAGGAAAUGUUA